GCGAACGUCGGCGCUCGCUGCACUUCCAGCUCACAGUCGCAGCGGCCGGCGGAGCUUCUCUCCACCGUGGCUCGAGCUGUCCGGGAGUCCGGAGCAUGGUCCCAGGUUACCACUGGUGGAGCGUGGACGCCAAAAAAGAGGAUGGUGGGCUGGGGGGUGACGGUUCUGUGUUUGUGGGUCUCCUGUGGCGCUGCUGCUGGACAGCUGGAAUACUCAGUGUUGGAGGAGACUGAACGGGGCGUAGCAAUAGGCAAUAUCGCAGCGGACUUGAAGCUGUCAGCGGCUGAUCUGCCUUUGAGGAACUUUCGCUUCCUUUCCAGCUACAGCGAGCCUUACUUCGGGGUGGACCCGCGCAGCGGUAGCUUGGUGGUCCGAGAGCCAGCUGACCGAGAGCGACUGUGCUGGACCAAAGUUGCCUGCGUUUUGACCUAUGAGCUAAUGUUCGAGGACCCGCUGGAGCUGCACAAGAUGCGUGUUCACGUCCUGGACAUCAAUGACAACUCACCUCUCUUCCCUGCCGGCGAUGUGCAGCUGCACAUCCCGGAAUUCUUGACACCUGGAGCCCGCUUUACUCUCCCUAAUGCCCAAGACGCUGACGAGGGAAGGAACGGGGUGCUAAGCUACAGCCUAAGCCCCAACCAGCACUUUCGCCUGGACAUGGGGUUGCGGCUGGACGGCAGCAAAUACCCAGAGCUGGUGCUGGAGAAAGCGCUGGAUCGAGAGCAACGGGUCACUCACCUACUGGUGCUCACGGCUCAGGAUGGUGGGCUGCCUGCGCGCUCCGGAGACACAAGGGUCACUAUCAUCGUGGUGGACACAAACGACAAUGCACCUGUAUUUGAGCACUCGGUGUACCGCACCAGGGUUUCAGAGAAUGCACCCAAUGGGACUGUGUUAUUUCAAGUUCAGGCUUCGGAUCCGGAUGAAGGCUCCAAUGGGGAAGUCUGGUACUCCUUAAGCAAUAGCACACUAGCAGAGCUGAGACACCUCUUUCACGUGCAUCCUAAAAGUGGGGAGGUACAGGUAGCUGCUUCACUAGGUCCGCCUGAAACACUGCUGGAGGCAUACAUCGAGGCAAGAGACAAAGGUGUCUUCAGUCUGGCUAGCACCGCCAAACUACUGGUAGAGGUGACUGAUGUGAACGAUCAUGCUCCAGAGAUGGACUUCAUGACUCUCUCCAGCCCAGUACCUGAGGACGCUCCUCCUGGCACAGUGAUUGCCCUCCUCAGUGUAAAGGAUGAGGACAUUGGUCCCAAUGGGAGGGUCAUUUGUAGCAUGUCCAGCAGUGGCCCUUUUCAGCUGAAAGCUUCCUUUGACAACUAUUACAGCCUGUUGACUGAUGGGCCCUUGGAUCGGGAGCAAACAAGUGAACACCAGGUCCUGAUCACUGCUUCAGAUGGUGGCUCGCCCCCACACAGCACCCAAAGGACACUUACUGUGUCAAUUGCUGAUGUGAAUGAUAAUACACCUAGCUUUCCUCAACCACAUCAAGAACUUUUUGUGGCUGAAAACAAUGGCCCUGGAGCCUCUUUAGGCCGUGUUUUUGCUCACGAUCCAGACCUGGGGAUGAAUGGCCUUGUCUUUUAUGAGCUGUUGGAUAUUAUUUCUGAAGGGCUGCCAGCUUCUAACUUGGUGGCAGUGGAACCAUCCAGUGGGGCUAUCACUGCCAAAAUUUCCUUCGACUUUGAGCAGCACAGGGGGUUUCACUUCCAAGUGGAAGGCCGGGAUGGUGGCAUUCCUUCCAGAAGUGCAACUGUGACCAUAAACUUAUUUGUGAUAGACAGGAAUGACAAUGCUCCAGUCAUCUUAUUUCCCUUGCCCAGAAAUGGCUCCAUCCCAGUGGAAAUUGUACCCUACUCUGCCAGAGCCGGACACUUGGUCACAAAAGUAGUAGCAGAGGAUGCAGACAGUGGUUCCAAUGCUUGGCUCUCCUACCACAUCUCUCAGGCUUCUGACUCGAGCCUUUUCAGAAUUUCAGCCAACAUGGGAGAGCUGCGUACUGCACGUUUAGUCCUUCCCACUGAUGCACUUAAGCAGAGGGUGGUGGUAGUGGUUCAGGACCAUGGAGACCCACCACUUUCCUCCUCUGUCAUUCUGGGUGUGCUGUUGAGCAACUCUGCCCCUCAGGUCCUUCCAGACUUUGAAGAUAUCUGGGAACCAGGAGGGCAGCUUUCUGCCAGAAACUUGUAUUUAGUAAUUGCCCUGGCCUGCAUUUCCUUUUUAUUUCUGGGGUGUUUACUUUUAUUUGUGUGUAUCAAAUUGAUUCAGAGCCCAGCUUGUCACUCUCAGAGCUGCUGUCACUCUUUAGAGGAUCUGAGGCAAGGAAGGAUGACUUCUAAUCCUUGCAUGACAUCAGCCACAAUAGAUGUCACCACAAUUGAGAGACUUUCUCAGACAUAUCUCUAUCGGGCUUCUCUUGGACUUGGUUCUGGUAAUAACAGUUUGAUCUUGCAUGGGGAAUACAGUGCUGCUGACCUGAGAAAUCUGGCCACUGGUGUAGGAUUGAAUUUGCCAAUAUCCUGUCUUCAGAUUCGGAACAGGAAAGGGGAUCAUGCAAAUGUCAAUGCCAUGGUAAGUGAAGUCUAUCAAAUUUGAUUCCUCUGACCAGGAUAUAGCUGCUAACUGUGUUCUGAACUAUUUCUUAGAUGAGACUUUGGUAACAUUUAAUCAAUUGUAUUGAACUCUUCUUAUUAUACUCUGUGCCAAGGAUUCUUGGAGUAUGAAAGUAUUAGAAUACUGUGCCAGGCC